UCGCGGGGCUGCUUUGUGAAGAUGGCGGCCGAACUGGUAGAAGCGAUGAACAUGGUGAAGAGUUUCCGGGUGUCUGACCUGCAGACGCUGCUCGCCUCUAUGGGGCGCAGUAAAAGCGGGUUAAAGCAGGACUUGGUGGGGCGAGCUUUGAGACUGGUGCAGACAGAGUACAGCCCGGAGCUGUUGAAGAACGUCCGGCAGCUCUACGAGACGCGCUUUCCGAAAGCACCCGGAUGGUUGGCUGCCCGUCGCCCGGAGGGGAUACCAGCGGUAUCCUAUCCGGCGAUCAACUCGUCCCCACGAAACACAGCCCAGGGCACGGACUACCUCAAUGGCAUGCCCAAGCUGGCUGCUCCACCAGCAGCUGAAGUUAAACUAGUGCCCUUGCCCUUUUACCACAACCUAGAAACAUUGUUGCCACCUACAGAGCUAAUUGCGCAGAAUAGUGAAAAACUACAGGAUAGCCAGUGUGUUUUUGAACUAACACAGAGCCAAAUAGACCAGAUCCGAAACUCCAGUGACCUUCGCCCAGGAGUGAAAUCGGUCCAGGUGGUGCUUAGAAUCUGUUACACUGAUUCCAUUGGUGUUCAGGAAGAUCAGUACCCUCCAAACAUUGCUGUCAAAGUAAAUCAGUCCUACUGUCAUGUUCCCGGUUAUUAUCCUUCCAAUAAACCAGGUGUGGAGCCUCGUCGUCCCUGUCGCCCUAUAAACAUCACCCCCUGGCUUCAUCUCUCGACAGCCACCAACAGAGUCACUAUCACGUGGGGCAACUUUGGAAAGCGGUAUUCUGUGGCUGUGUACCUGGUGAGGGUCUUCACAUCUGCAGAGCUCUUCAACCAGCUCAAGCACUGCUCGGUGGAGAGUGCCGAGCGAUGUCGUGAACGCAUUCAAGACAAGCUGCGUUUUGAUCCGGAGAGUGAGAUUGCCACUACAGGACUGAGAGUGUCUCUCAUCUGCCCACUGGUCAAGAUGCGUCUGGGAGUGCCGUGUCGAGCGCUUACCUGUGCUCACUUGCAGUGUUUUGAUGCUGUUUUCUUCUUGCAAAUGAAUGAAAAGAAGCCCACAUGGACCUGCCCUGUGUGUGACAAACCUGCUCCUUUUGAGCUGCUCACCAUUGAUGGAUUGCUCUCGGAGAUCCUGAAGGAGACUGAGGAUGUGGAGGAGAUUGAGUAUUUGACUGAUGGCUCAUGGAGACCAAUCAAGGAUGACAAGGAAAAAGACAGGGAGCGGGAAAACAGCCACACUCCAGAGUACCCAGUUGUGGAUAUAUGCGUUCCUGAGACGAAUGGGCACUCUCCAGCACACAGCAGUACAAGCCAGACGGGACGGUCGGCAUCGGGCGGCCCAUCAGCAGGCACAGGUGGUGCCAGCGGACCUUCAAGCGGCGGGGCAGUGGUGGACCUUACGCUGGACGACUCAUCAGAUGAAGAAGAGGGUGGAGGGGGGGCUGGGGAUAGCGAGGACACAGAGGACAGCCAGGACAGUCCAGCGCCCAAGAGGGGCCGAUACGAUUAUGACAAAGAUCUUGUCACUGCAUACUGAAACAGAAUGCAGAUACGGACAGAGAGAGAGAGGGGAUAUGGGUUUGGGCGUGGGCCCUAGAAAAAUCCUCUCACGCCCAUCGUUUUCUCUCCUAAAACGUAUUUCCCAAAUUAUUCAUACAGACAUAUGAAAACAUGCACAAACUCUUGACCUCUGGAGCAGGUGGGCAUCCUCAUGACACCACUGGAAAUCCAUAGAUGCCCACUAAAGCCAUCCUCCGUCUUCUCCACAGCAUCUUAAUACGGUUUUCUCCCUUUAAAUAACUAUGGAGGAGUUAUCACCCUUGAUUCUUUCUCUUCCAUCUCCACAGUUUGUAUUUCCAGCCCAAACCACUUAGCCUCACAGUCACCAUAGGCAUUUUAGCUUUCACCAUAGAUGAGUUCUGUGAGACGAUGCUUAAAAAGAUUUGUUGUCAGCAAUAUAAGGUUGGAAGCACUAGUGGUGUAUACCGAGACAAACUGCAAGUUAGAUUAAAAAAACAAACAAGUAGGGAUUAAAAAUUUAUGACCUGUAAUUAGAGGCAUUUCCAUUGGGGUUUAGAUAUGUUGUGGAGCAGCUGUUAUCUAAAAGCCAAAAUGACCAUCAGCUGUCUUUGUAAUUAUGCAUGGUUUGGUCAGAUUUGGAAGGUAAGGGUUUGUUUUUCAUAUUUAUUUGUCUCCCCUUUAUUCCUCUUUUGUUCCAUGGAAAUUGAUAACCUACCUCAGUCUAAAGGCAAACUUGACCACAACUUGAAAGGCAAGACAACAUGACUUUUUAUUAUUAUUAUUUUUUGUUUGUUUAAAUACUGAGUAACACUGGAAAGAAGUCAUUCGUCACAUUAAGUCAUGCCCUUAGAAGUCUCACUAAAACAGCUCUUGACUUUUCUUACAAGUGAUGGAUUUCCAGUCAGGCUCACUCAUAGACACGAGCGCUGUGCUUUGUCUCCCGGCUGAAAUAAGGAAUGCUCUCAUUGUCAUCAGUCAACACUUGCAACAGUGAGGACUCAUGAAAUUGAUGUUCCAGCAGGUAAAUGUUGUACAGUAGGAGAUAAUGGUGGUGUAUCUGAAACAGAUGAUUGCAAGUCUUGAGUCUCACUUUUGUGGCAUUGCUAACUAAGGCUGUGAAGUAUGUGUGAAAUAGAGCUGCUUUCAUGAGGACUUAACCUUGUGGAGGGCAGGGGAAGGAAAUGGAACUGAAAAGAAGCCCAGACAAAGCCAAGAAAUCAAACAGCCAUUUACGGUAAAUCACUUGAAGUAAAUUCAGUGGCUGCACGAACUCAAAUGGGGAUAAAGGCAUCCAACCUAAUUGUGUAGUUUUUUUUUUUUUUUCUUCCCCUUUUUCCUUCUCCCCCUUUCAGGUCAGUUAUGCUACUGAUUUUUUUUAAUUAGACCUUUUGGUUUGAAAUGGACAGGAGACUGUUUCCACUGUGAGCCCUGUAAAGGUUGUGGGUGGGGUUGUGCUUUUUUAUUUUAUUUUUUUUUUCCUCCUGUUUUUUUCCUCCUUCCCUCUUCCCCCAUGAGAUGGGUAUGUUGACUUAAUCUCCUGAUCUGAACUCAGUGUAACAUGCAACAUUCAUCCCCCCCCCUGAAAAUCUGUAUUUGUUUAUCCUUUGUCUUUAAAUAACCUUCUGUAUUAUUUGUACAUAUUGAGGCAUUUGAGAAGCGUGCAGUGCUAGUUUUUGGAAGGGAAUAAAAUAUGGUUAGGACGAUGGUUCUGAUUACUGGGUUAGAUGGAAGAUUUUGCUGCAUCUAGUCACAAGUCUGUAAUCCAUUCACCUGUGGGCUAGUCAUGUGACCCUCUAUACAUUGGGUAUGUCAUGAGAAAAUGGUUUGACUUGCUUCAAAUCGCAGAACACCUUUCUGGGAGGUGUUUCAGGCUUCAGUUAAAUUUACUGUGGAACAGCGUAUUGGAGGAGGACGUGGAGGCUGACUACUUGAAAGGAGACUCAGGGUGUUGGUCCGGAGUCUAUCUCAGAACUUCCAAGUCAUUUGAUUAGUAAACCAUAUUACCUGUGCACCAGGUACAAUCUUGGCAUGAAGGGGCUCAUGGGUUGCAAAUUCUUCUCAGUGAGUAGGAAGAGAAACCACUGCAUAAUGUCCACUGCUCUGAGUGACAGGCCUGCUUUUGACUCCUCCCCCCC